AUGGAACACGACCCCAAAGUGCCAACAUACCAAACUUCAGACCCCACGUCCUUUGCACAUAAAUCCGCCCGUGAACGCUGGCCGGCGAUCGUGACGGGCGCCAUUGACGAUGUCCACCGCACGGUGUCGCGCAUCCCGGACUCGGACAAGGACGCCCUCGCCGAGGGGAAAGCCAUCACGUCGGCGCUCGCGACCCUGAAAUACGGACUCCAGCAUAACCGGGUGCUCGGUCCCAUUGUCGACGACGGCUUCCCCGACGUGAAGCUCUACAAUGACGAACUGAACGCCCGGGGUCCGCCCACGUGGCAUGACGUCGAGUGGCUGUUCUCGGAAUGUUACCUGUACAGACGCAUCGCCACGCUGUUCAGCACGGCCAAGACGAAACUGUGGAAGGACUACGACCCGUUCUACCGGCAGAAGAUGAAGACGUUCAAAUCCUCGAGACCGGCCGUGUUGGAGCUGUGCGCGCGCUACCGGCAGAUCAUCGAGCAGAUCCGGGCCUCGAAGAGCGACGCGCCCGUGGCCAGCGACGUCACGGACCCGACGGAGAUCGAGGAGGCCGAAAAGUUACUGUUUGUAGAGAUGGCGGAGAUUUGUCUGUGGGGGAAUGCCACGGAUCUGAGCCUCCUGACGAGUCUGAGUUACGAGGAGAUCCAGAAGCUGCAGGGCAGUACCGCGCGCAAGGAAAGCGAGAAGAACAUCCUGGUGAACGAUUUCGACGCCGCCUUCGCCGUGCUGACGAGCGCACUCAAGGCCAAGCGGGAGAAUCGGCGCGUGGACAUCGUGCUCGACAACGCGGGCUUCGAGCUGUUCGUCGACCUGGUCCUCGCCGGGUAUUUGCUCGCGACGGGCCUGGCGACCGAAGUCGUCCUGCACCCCAAGGAUAUCCCGUGGUUCGUGAGCGACGUGGUGCCCAAGGACUUUUCGGCGCUGCUUUCGGCCAUGGCGGAUCCGAGGGCGUUCUACGAACACGCCUCGGACGCGGACGACGAGGCUGCUGCUGCUGCUGGGACCGAAAGGCCCGCGGUACCGCUGUCCGAGGAAGAGGUCGUGAACGUCCAGUUCCUCUUCGACCACUGGAGCCACCUGCACGGCGAAGGCAAGUUGAUCCUGCGGCCGAACCGGUUCUGGACCCACGCGGGGAGUUUCUGGCGCUUGCCCAGCGUGGUGCCGGCGUUGAUGGAGGAUCUAAAGGAGAGCGAGUUGGUGGUGUUCAAGGGUGAUUUGAAUUAUAGAAAGUUGACCGGUGAUGCUGCAUGGCCUCCCACAACGCCCUUUACGGAAGCGAUCGGUCCACUUGGGCCCGGCUCAGGCCUCAGAGUACUCGCGCUGCGCACGUGCAAGGCCGACGUCGUGGUCGGGUUGCCAGAAGGUAAGGACGAAGAGAUCCGCGCUAUGGAAGGAGGCGGCGGUGAUUCAGGGGCCCGGAAGUGGGCGUGGAGUGGCAAGUGGGCUGUCGUGCAGUUCUCGGAUGGGAAAGCUUGA